AUGUGGGCGACCGCCCGUUUUGCCACCCCUAAUGAGGAGUAUAAAGAUGAUGAGGAUGGUGAGGAAAGUGAGGAUGAUGAGUUGAACUUAGGUCAUGAUGUUGGUGUUGAUUGGACCAUAGUUCUCUCUAACACUUCAACAGAGCAACCCUCAAGAUUGGAUGUUAAUUCUUAUAAUGAAUGUUGUGAUUCAAAUGAGCUUCAUACACCACUUGGAAGUGAUGUUGAAGAUGCCAUGGAAAGGUUUCUAGCUUUUAAACAAGCUACAAAGUUUGAAAUUGUGAUGAUGUUCAAGGAUAAGAUGCAAAUCAAUGACAAGAAAAGAGUGGUUGAAAAUGUAUGGACACCAAGGAAUAGACAAGCGAUGACCGAUUGGUUAGCUCAAAAAUUGGUGAAUACACUAAGACACACUCCUGAAAUGAAAACUAAAGGGUUGAUUGCAGAAAGAGUGGAGAAGUGGGGGGUGAAUUUGUCGGUAGAUCAAGCAUAUAGAGCCAAGAAAAAAGAAAUAGAGUUAAUUCAAGGAGUUGGUCGUGAACAAUUCAUCCAUCUUAGAAGUUAUGCUGAGGAAUUGCCUCUAAUUGGCUUGGAUGCAUGUUUUGUUAAAGGGGACUUCAGAGGUCACUUGGUAUGUGCCAUUGGUAAGGAUGGAAAUAACAAGAUGAUACCAAUAGCUUAUACCGUUGUGGAAGUUGAAACAAAGGAUUCAUGGCAAUGGUUUCUUAAGUUAUUACUCGAAGACUUACAAUCCAUUCAACAAAAUACUUAUGGAUUUAUAUCAGACCAACAAAAGUUUUGUUCUAUUAGUUGCAAUGUGUAUCUUAAGUAUGUUUGUUGCAGUUCUUAUGUAUAG